AUGGAAGAGUCGGAGACGAUUCAAGUCAUACCCAACGAGUACCAACACUACAAGCCCUUGGAUAGAUCAAAAAGGCAAGUCCGGCUCUUGCGUAUCGAGCCUUCAGAAUCCCCCAAGGAUCCUCUGGUCUGCCAUCUUUACUGGGCCGACCUGGACAAUGCCCCCGCGUAUACGGCUCUGUCGUAUGUUUGGGGACCUCUCGACGACACCUUGGAGAUCUCGAUUGUGUUUCAUGAGGGUGCUUCCGCAAGGUCGGCUUGCGCCAUGCAGCUGAACGAGAACCCGCAUGGCCGAGUUGAGCCGGUUGGUGUGGACGAUGAAGCGAAAGCUGAAGUUGUGUCUUUUCGAAUCACUCGAAAUCUCCAUGGCGGCCUACGCAGUCUGCGCAUGCACGAAGAGGCGCACUCUCUCAUUUGGGCUGAUAUGCUGUGCCUGAAUCAGUCAGAUAUGGCAGAAAGGUCUCACCAGGCAAGUGAUUACGCCCGUGCAUUGAUUGGCAGUCACUGA